AUGUCCGACGUACAGUACCGUCCUGCAAGGAUCCAGACCCUCUCGCCAGAACAAGAAAUUGUCUUGAAGCAAACAUGGGGGUAUUUGUUGAAGUAUUGGGGGUAUGAGUUGUCCAUCACCAGUGGAGACUUGGGGUAUAAGGAGGCCUUUUGUGCCAGUUCCACCAGUGCCGCCCACACGAGCCAUUGGGCUGGGGAGACCGCUGUGGCAGCCCUGGCGGCUGCCGCCAAGAAGAAGGGGUUUUUCCGGGGCGGUGAAACACUAGCGGCUGAGCCGGAGAAGCCCGCCACUUCGUCGAAACGAGUGCAAAAAGUGGCUGCGAAAAGAUCGGAGAAGUACGUUCCCAUGGGAAUUCUGGAACAGCACCGGUACACCUACAUGACGCACUAUGCUCAGGGGGUGGAGUUCUCCAAGAACUAUGACCUGGACGGGUCCACGGCGCUGUCGAGAAGCGGCAGUGACAGCGGCCAUCUGUUGGAAACCAUGGCCACAAACUUGACCUUGGUUGAUGAGAAGGACGGUUCUGGAGGUGGUGCUGCUGCUCCGACCAACAAGAAAGGCGGAGGACUCUCUACCAAGGCUAGAACUUCGGUCCUCCCACUCUUCAAGCCAUAUAACCCACAGGAAAUCCACUCGACUUUCUGGAAGAACCAAAGAGCCGACCUCUUGGACAACUGGAUCUUGAAGUUUGUGCGGGCCCGUAACUUCGAGACCGAGAAGGCAUUGACCAUGUUCACCACCGACUUGGAGUGGCGCACCAACCAGAGCCCGGCUUACGAGUGGCUCUUGGAGGGUGACGGGCCCUCUGCCACCAAGGGCAUCAACCCGGGGCUCAUCAAGAACUUCACCGUCAACAAGGCGUGGAUCCACGGCUUUGACAAGAAGGACAAUGUCAUUUUCAUGUUCCGUGCCGCCCUCCAUCUCGGUGGGGACGCUCCGCAAGAAGAGAUGCGUCGCUGGUGUGUGUUGGCAAUCGAAUGGACCCGCUACUUCAUGCGGGACAUCACUCGCCUGACGGACCAAUCGCUGGUUGUUUUCGACCUCACGGGCUUCCUGUUGAAGAACGCCGACUAUGUGACCAUCAAGUUCAUUGCCGAUGUGUUUGAGGCCCACUACCCGGAAUGUCUUGCCAACAUCUUUGUCUACAACGCGCCCUGGGUGUUCCUGAAGUUCUGGAACAUCAUCAAGCAUUGGUUGGACCCGGUGGUCUCGCUGAAGAUCCGCUUUGUCAAGGACUUGGAGGAGAUUGGCGAGUACAUCGAGGUCUCGGAACUCCCCGUGUUCAUGGGCGGCACGGACGAGUACACGAGCAACUACACCCCACCAAAGCUGGAGGCCGAGUACAUGACAAAGCCCAAGGAUGCGACGUUCCAGAAGUUGAUUCACGAGCGCGACGAGUUGAACUUGCAAUUGUUGGAACGGACCGCCAGGUGGAUCGAGUCGUACGACCCAGUGACCUCGUCGAAGUACUUGCAGGACAAGAUCGAUGUUGCCACCAAGUUGGCUCUGAACCACGUAGCCUUGGACCCAUAUGUGCGUAAGAGAGGUCCUCAGGACAGGAACGGGACCUUGAAGGUCAGCUUGUACUAA